AUGAUCACCGCAAACACAUACCAGCCAUAUCACCGGUUGUCUACCGGCUAUUACCUAUGCCACAAGUGGUGCUCAACGCCUAGAGAUAAGAACUCGAGAGGAGUUGGGAGUCGCUGUGGACAUCCGGGUCGCCCCGGUUUAACUAAUUUAGAUCCCGAGAAGAGUGUCUACGAAGAGGGCGAAGAAGUGCAAUUUAGCUGUGCAUUGCAUCGCAUAUACCAGAAGAGACAAAUGAAGGCGUGUGUGUCGGGCCACUGGAUCGGCAACCGAACCACUUGUGGUCACUUUCUUGUAAAUCAAGUAAUGAGAGUAAAAGUGAUUGAUUUGCAAAACAAUGAGACCGUCGUUGACGUGAAUACAAUCGAUACCGAAAACAACAGGACAUGUGUUGAAGAUUAUAGCACUCGUCAGUGGAAUUGGAAGAAAGUAUUCUGGUUUUGGUGUACAGAGAGCAAGGGAUCGCCGAAUAACACUCUGUCCAUUAGGUUUACAACAUAUGCCAAUCAACCCGUGAAAGCAAUCACUUUAAAUGAUGUUUAUCUGAGUCAACUCAGGUACUGCGGUUACCCGACUGUCCCCCCAAUGACUAAAUAUGUGAAAAAUAAUGAAAAAGAUCAGUUAGAAUGUGAUUCGGAGGUGUCCUACGAUAUCAACUCUUAUACUCCGAAUUUGCCCAUGGUUAAACACAGAGUGCAUAAUGAUUGUGUGGGUAAUCAGUAUUUUGCCGGACGGCCAAAAUGUGUGCCCAAAAUGUUUUGCAAAUUACAACUGAAUAAUGAAACCGAAGAAAUCAGUUCCGUUACAAACGCCUAUAUAUUCAACGAAAGCAAAUGGUAUGCCAUCGAAGGCACACAAGUUUACUACAGGUGUAAAAUUGGUUACAAAUUAUUUGGUGAAUCCGUGCGGACGUGUGGAUACAACUCUACGUGGGAUCAGACGACACCUAUUUGUAAAGCUAUUGAUUCUAAAGAUGGCCCCAAAAAUCAGUUCGUGUCGUCGGGUGUUAUGACUGCGAUAAUCAUUAUUGUAGUUGUGAUCGUAAUAAUGAUUGCAUUAGUUGUGGUCAUAAUUGGGAUGAAAAGGCGUAUAAAAAAUCAGAAAACUAGAGAAACUAAUGGUAAAAAGCGGAACAGUUAUGACGACAUUCAAUACAAAAACGACGACAAAGAAUACGCGGAUCCGACAUAUGAUGAAACCAAACCCGAAGCCAAUGUCCCAAAUAUACCGUAUUAUCUGGCGAUCAAUGGCGACAAUUCAACUGCAGAAACUAAUAACAACUCUCAACCUAUUGGGGGCAGAUGUGGACACCCGGGUCUUCCACAUCACGUGAAGUUAUUUCCCGUGAAGAAUGUCUACGAAGACGGCGAUGAAGUCCGAUACACGUGUCCAACGGAUUCGCUAUACCUUAAGACACAGACCAAGAAGUGUGUGUCGGGCGAGUGGACGGGUCCCCGAACGACAUGCGGUUACUUUUUUAGAAAUAAGUUAAUGCGAGUAAAAGUGAUUAAAUUGCAAAACAAUGAUACAGUUGUUGACGUAAAUACAAGUAAAUACGCUGUGAGUCAAUACCAACGCUUCGAUCGCUCGUGUUUUUAUGAUUUCCCGGCGACAGCAGUGUUGGUAACGGAUCCACACCUUCCGCAUGAAUGGCAUUUAGAGUUUGAAAAGUUUAUAGCCUUUGAUUUUCUUCAUCUGUAUCUCAAAAUACCGACACUUGAAAUACAGGCCAGAGAUACCGAUAAAAUUGAUUUAAUUAAAGUCCGGGAUAUGCGAGUCGUGAGCCAACACAACAGGACCUGUGCUGAAGAUUUUAGCACUCGAGCCGACGAGAAAAAAGUAUUCUGGUUUUGGUGUACAGAUAGUAAUGGCUUCUCAAAUAACAGUCUAUCCAUUAGAUUCAUUACAUACGCUACACAACAGGCCGUAAAGACCAUAGGCCUGGAACAGGUCUAUCUCAGUAAACUCCAGUACUGCGGACACCCGUCGGUCCCUCUAUUGGCUAAAUAUGUGCCGCAAAAUAGUGAGAGACAACAGAUUCAAUGCGAUCCAGAGUUGUCAUACGAAAUCAACUCUUCAGUACCCGUUUUGUCCAAUCAAUACAACCAGAGAGUGAUCAGCGAUUGUGUGGACAACGAGUAUUUUGCCGGACGUCCCAAAUGUGUGCCCAAAAUGGUUUGUGAAAUACAACUUAACAACGAAUCCGAAGAAAUCAUUUCCGUUAGAAAGACCUAUAAAUUCAACGAAAGCAAAUGGUAUGCCAUCGAAGGCACACAAGUUUACUAUAAGUGUAAGACUGGAUGCUAUCGGGUUGGGAGCCGUUGUGGACAUCCGGGUCUUCCACACAAUACUAAUAUUAAUCUCGAGAAACAUGUCUACGAAGACGGAGAAGAAGUGCAAUACAGCUGUCCUUCGGAUCAAUUUUACCGCAAGAAACAGAUCAAGAAGUGUGUGUCGGGCGAGUGGACGGGUGGCCGCUCUACAUGCGGUCUCUAUAUUAAAAAUCAGUUAAUGCGAGUAAAAGUGGUUAAUUUGCAAACUAAUAAAACCGUUGUUAAUGUGGACACAAGUAAUUACAAAAACGACAGGAAUUACGUCAGUUUCCAAGACGAAAGCGGGACAGCGGUGUCCAUAAGGGACGCACACGAACCGCACGAAUGGCACUUACAAUUCGCAAACGUUGUCAGAAUUGAUUUAAUUAAUAUAUACCUGAAAAUCCCUUCAGCCGUAUUCGAGGCCAGUAUUCACGACGAAAUCGAUUUCAUGCGAUUCCGUGAUAUGCGGGUCGACAGCGAACACAACAGGACCUGUGCUCUCGAUUUUCACACCCUAUUAGUCGACGGAAAGAUUGAGUCCAAUCUGAAAUUGAAACGUUUUUUCUGGUUUUGGUGUACAGCGAGUAAAGGGCCGCCGAAUAACACUCUGUCCAUUAGAUUCACCACUUAUGGUACGCCACGGGCCGUGAAGGCCAUCGGUUUGAAUCGGGUCUAUCUGACACAACUUCGGUACUGCGGUUACCCGACUGUCCCUCUAUUCACUAAUUACGUGCUGAAGGAUAAUAAAAAAGAUCGGUUAGAAUGCGAUCCAGAGGUGGCGUACGAUAUCACUAAUACUUCAGAUAUGAUUUUGUCGGAAACAAAAACCACAAACGAUUGUGAAGUCAACGAGUAUUGGUCCGGACGACCACAAUGUGUGCCCAAAAUGUUUUGCAAAUUACAGCUCAACAAUGAGUCCGAAGAGAUUAGUUCCGUUAAAAACGCCUAUAUAUUCAACGAAAGUAAAUGGUAUGCCAUCGAAGGCACACAUGUUUACUACAGGUGUAAGACUGGCUAUGAAUUGUUGAGCGAAUCCUUGCGGACGUGUGGAUACAACUCCACGUGGGAUCAGAAGACAACUGUUUGUCAGGCAAUUGGUUUCAGAGAUGGUCCGCAAAAUCAUUCCGUGUCGUCGGGUGUUAUGACUGCGAUAGUUAUUGUUGUGGUUGUGAUCGUAAUAAUUGUUUCAUCAGUUGUGGUCAUAAUUGUGAGGAGAAGUUAUAUAAGGAAUAAGAAAUUGAAAGUCAAACCAAAGGGAGAAACUAAUGGUAAAGAGCGGAACAGUUAUGACGACAUUCAGGACAAUAACGACGAUAAAGAAUACGCGGAUCCGACAUAUGAUGAAACCAAAGCUGCAACCAAUGUCCCAAAUAUGCCGUAUUAUCUGGCUAUUAAUGACGACAACACAACUCCUGAACUAAUGCCUUAUUAUCUGACUAUUACUGAAGACAACACUAAUGAAGAAAAUAUGAAUCCGACGCCUAAAGAGGCGAUAAUGAUUUAA